GGCUGGAGGAGACGCUGAGGCGGCCGAGGUGUGCCGAGCCGGCCUCUGCGCCACCUCAGGCGCUAGUCCCUCAACUCUCUGCGGUGAAUGGCGACGGGAUGGAGCGCGAGGGGAGCGGCGGCAGCGGAGGGUCGGCCGGGCUUCUGCAGCAGAUCCUCAGCCUGAAGCUGGUGCCGCGGGUGGGCAACGGGACCCUGUGCCCCAACUCCACUUCUCUGUGCUCCUUCCCAGAGAUGUGGUAUGGUGUGUUCCUGUGGGCACUGGUAUCUUCUCUCUUCUUUCAUGUCCCUGCUGGAUUACUGGCCCUCUUCACCCUCAGACAUCACAAAUAUGGUAGGUUCAUGUCUGUAAGCAUCCUGUUGAUGGGCAUCGUGGGACCAAUUACUGCUGGAAUCUUAACAAGUGCAGCUAUUGCUGGAGUUUACCGAGCAGCAGGGAAGGAGAUGAUACCAUUUGAAGCUCUCACCUUGGGCACUGGACAGACAUUUUGUGUUGUGGUGGUCUCCUUUUUACGGAUUUUAGCUACACUAUAGCGUAAACCCCUAUGUUGAGAUGUUGAACCCAAGUUUUAUAGAAUCCUCAAAAAGAGUAUGUUAUGGAGUACAAUGUUUUCUUAGUUCUUCAAAUGGAAGCAGCUUGGAUGAAUAAGAAUGUGAAGACAAUAUCUCAGCUCUUUAGCUCUUUCUUCAGUUUGAAGCUCCUGGAAUUGAAGAUUUUUGAACUCCUAUCAUUUUCAACCAAAACAAAACAAGUUUCUUGGCUUUCUUUUUUGUGGAUAUUUAAUUUAAGCAGUUUUACGUGUGCACCUUUACCCACACCAAGUUAACAAUGCCUUUGGGUUGGCGUCCCUUGCACUGAAAUGUACAGAAUUGUGACAUAAUGCAGUGCCACAUAUUUCAAAGAAACUAUGAGAGAUACUGGUGUAUUUUAGAUGAGCAGAGUAUGCUGUAUUAAAAUCUUAGUUGGUCUCAUCUUGAUUAAAAUAUGGCAAAUUCUUCUUUUGCUAUAUCUUAAUGACAGUAAGUGCCAAGUAGGUUUUGGUUACGUGUAGCUUUGAAAACAAAUUUGGUGAAAUAAGACAGGAAAAAAAAGUUGAAGUAUAACUCAAGUAGUGGCAUUGCUCUAUUUAAAAAAAAAGUAAAUAACACUGAAUAAUGUGAAAUUUUCUAGAUAACUGUCUUGACCUCUGAUUAUUUAAUAUAUUUUUUA